AUGAACAAUGAUCGGUUGAGAAUCCAGAUCAACGACUACGAUACGUAUCAGUACCCGCCGCUGGCCUUGGACACCCUCAGAGACCGCGUCACCCAGGUGCCCAUCAUUAGAAUCUUUGGCUCUUUGCAGUUGCCCCAGCUCUGCUAUAAUGUCUUGAUCCACGUCCACAACUACUACCCGUACGUCUUUCUUGACUGCUUCGAGAAGGACCCGGAGCUCCUACACUCCCGCAGCCACCUCGACUCGCUUGUUGGCAUGUUUGAAUCAAAAAUCGCCGAAUCGUUCUCGAAGUCCCCCGCCGCUAAAACCGACCAGGACCACUUCCUCGACGGCGCUCCCAGUAAAAGAAAGUUCAUCGCAGAUGUCCAGGUGUGUAAAGGGAACUCGAUCUAUGGGUUCCAACUCGGUUGCAGGCUCUACUAUAAAGUAUCCUUCUUGUCCCCGCUAUAUAAAACGAGAUUCACUAAACUCUUCAAUGAUGGUCUCGUUUAUUCCAAAACCAAAUCACUCAUCUAUGAGGCCCAUCUUCCUUACACCCUCCAGUUUCUCACCGACUUCAAUCUAUACGGGUGCGAUUGGCUAGAAGUUUCAAAUUGCUAUUUCAGAUUACCGCUUAUCAAUCAAAAUAUAAACCUGGCGCAGAACUUGACCUCUUUGAAAAACUUCUUAAAACCUUGGAUUUCCUCCAAGAAUCUAUUGGAUCCCAAAAAUUUCGAAAGAAUCGGAAGAUCGCUAAUCGAAGCUGAUAUCUUAUCUAAUUUCAUCUUGAAUAGAUCUUUGCUCCGGCCCCAACUCAUCCAUAAUUCUUUUAACACUCCUUCCAAAACUGAAAAUAUCAUUAGUUCUCUACAAUACGUCCAUAAUGAUAUCUUAUACCAAUGCAAUCUAAGAAACUUCGAAUUCCCUAAUAAUCAUGAAUUUGAUAAAACCUUUGGUGAUCAGUCGUCCAUUCAUGAAAACCUCGACUUGUUAAACUACAUGAUCCAAUUAAACGGUAGAUCCCCUACAAGCCAUCCAAACACCUACUAUGAUCAAUACUUGAAAAAAUCUCAACUCCAUACUGAAAGUUUCCCGACUAUCUUUGAUUUGCUUGAUCUUGAUUUGAAUCUAAUGCAUUCCCCUACAAUGGAUAAUCUGUUUGACUAUGAUCGCUUAUUCAAUACUCAAGCUUCGGCUUCUCCUCAUACUUCUCCAAUAAAGGCGUCAAAGUUAGACAGUCUUUUGAAAAUUAGCUUCAACUCUGAUUUCUCAGAUGAACUGCAAGUGGAAGAUAUACCCCUGCCAGUGGAAGAUAUACACCUGCCAGUGGAAGAUAUACACCUGCAAGAGGAAGAAAUGCACCUGCCGGUUGAAGAAAAUGAAGAAAUCGAAGAAAUCGAACAGCUCCCGUCACGUCACGAAAACUCGUUCUCCCAACUUGAUGAUUCUACAAUCUUAUAUCAGCUUACUCAGAAAAAGAAAAGAUCCCAUUCACAAAUCGACUCCAAAUCUGAAUCAUUUCAAAAAACAAAAAAAUCACCUUCGCAAAAUGUAAUUGAUUUGAAUUUCAAAGGUAGUCUUUUCGAAAUUCCAGUUCCUCAAAGCUUACAGAAAGAUAAUUUGAUCAACUCAUUUCAAGAUUUAGAUAUCUUGAAAAUUAAUUACCAAGAUCCUUUUUAUGAUAACUCAUCCGAUUUACCCUCGAAACCGUUGAUUUUUUCAAAUAAAAAAAUUACGAUUCCUUUGAAUAAUAAUCAAUCUAUUCAAUCUAAUUCAAUUUCUGCUCAAAUCUCCCACGAAGCUAGGAAAAAAUCAAAAUCAGUUCCAACAGUUAAUAAAACAUCCAAUUGGCUCUAUACCCUCGAACCUCCUUCAAGAUUAAGUAUGAAAAACUGGUUAUCAGAUGAAAUUAAAAGAAAGUCUAAACGAAAUAAGUUCAAAUCGCAAAUUGAACCAGGCAUAACUCAAUCAAAUAACUAUAAAUAUUCUUAUAAUUCUGGUAAGAUUGAUAGACAAUCAAGUUCUUUCAUUGCACUAACCAAUUUUAUAUUGGAGAUCCAUGUUAACACCAAUGAUAACAAUUUACCAAAUCCUGAAAUCGACCCAAUAACAGCAAUUUUUUAUAAAUUCAUUGAUUCAAAUAAUAUGUUUGAGAAUUUAGAUAAUCCAGUACCAACAUUGGGGAUAUUAAUCUUAUCUGACUGUCCAAAUCGAUUCAACAAAGUUAAUCCGUUUUUAAACAACGAUGAACCAACAAAGGUGGAGGUUUUCGAUAACGAAUUACAGAUGAUCUUAAAGCUUAUUCUGAUUGUGGAAUUAUUUGAUCCCGAUAUUUUAUCGGGUUACGAGAUUAAUUCUUCAAGCUGGGGUUACAUAGUGGAAAGGUUUAAAUUAGUGUAUGAUAUGAACUUACUAUUUGAAUUAAGCCGAUGCAAAUUUAAAAGUAAUGGAAAAUUCGGUGAUCGGUGGGGGUUCCAACACACUUCCAAUUUACAGAUAAAUGGAAGACAUAUGCUAAAUAUUUGGAGAUCUUUAAAAGGCCUACAACUUACUAGUUAUUCAAUACAAAAUGUUGCCUAUCAUUUACUUCAUCAAACACUUCCAAAUUUUUCAAACUUAAACCUCUCAGAUUGGUUUGAAGGGAAUUAUAAUCAAGUUCUCUUCGUCUUGAAAUUUUACCAAAAAAAAAUUUCGUUGACUUUGAAGAUUUUGGAUUUUCAAGAAAUUAUUCUUCAAAAUAUGGAACAGUCAAGGCUUAUUGGUAUUGAUUUUAACUCGUCUUUUUACAGAGGUUCUCAAUACAAAGUUGAGUCAAUACUUGCAAGAAUAAGUAAAUCAGAAAACGUCUUGCUUAAUUCGCCUUCCAAGCAGCAAGUGCAUAAUAUGAGACCGAUCGAGUGUAUUCCUUUGAUAUUAGAGCCAGAAUCGAAUUUUUAUAAAUCUCCAAUGAUUGUGCUUGACUUUCAAUCUUUAUAUCCUUCCAUAAUGAUUGCUUUUAAUUAUUGCUUUUCGACGUUGGUUGGGAAAUUGAACGGAUUCAAAAACACCAAAAACAAUAUUGGAUAUUUAAAACAUUUACAUCUCGAUCCCGGUAUUGUGGAUUUACUUCAUCGUAAUGAUGGUUUAAAUAUUUCUCCCAAUGGCUACGUUUUUGUAAAAAGCAAUUUCAAAAAAUCCAUUUUAGCCAAAAUGUUGGAAGAAAUUCUCGAUACAAGAAUCAAUAUCAAAUUAAUGAUGAAAUUUUUUAAAGAUGAUAAAAAUUUAAUCAAACUAUAUAACUCACGUCAAUUAGCUUUGAAAUUAAUUGCCAACGUGACUUACGGUUACACAUCUGCAACUUUUAGUGGGAGAAUGCCGAAUUCAGACAUAGCUGAUGCAAUUGUCUCUACAGGCCGUGAAAUUUUAUCUCAAUCAAUUGAGUUAAUUGAAAACGCAAACUAUGGUGCAAAAGUUAUCUAUGGGGAUACAGAUUCACUUUUUGUUUAUUUACCUGGUAAAUCAAAAGAAGAAUCAUUUAAAAUCGGUGAUUCACUUGCCAGGCUUAUCACGAAAGAGUUCCCUGACCCAAUAAAAUUGAAAUUUGAAAAAGUGUAUCAUCCUUGUGUUUUAUUGGCUAAGAAGAGGUACGUUGGUUAUAGCUAUGAAUAUGAGGAUCAAAUUGAACCGAAAUUUGAUGCAAAGGGUAUCGAAACUGUUCGAAGAGAUGGAAUCCCGGCACAACUGAAAAUGGUUGAAAAGUGCUUGAGGAUUUUAUUCAAUACAAAAAACUUAUCCCAAGUGAAAAAUUACACUUUGACCCAAUUUCAAAAAAUCUUAUUUAACAAAGUUCCAAUAAAUGACUUUUGUUUUGCAAAAGCUGUAAGGUUGGGAACUUAUAAAAACGAUAAAUACUUACCGCCUGGUGCGAUAAUUGCAACCAAAAACUUAAUGAAAGAUCCACGGAAUGAGCCUCAAUACAAAGAGAGGAUUAAGUACGUUGUAAUAAAAGAUUCAACUAAGCCUAGAAUAAAAGAUCGAUGUAUAACUCCUGAAGAAUUCAUCGAAUCUUUCAAAACAAAAAAUUCAUUUACUCUAGAUUAUGAUUACUAUAUUACCAGGGUUUUGAUCCCUCCAUUAGAAAGAAUCUUCAACUUGAUCGGUGUUGACCUUCAAUCAUGGUACAAGGACUUACCCAAAUUGAACAAUUUCGCCAUUAAAGAACGGGACAUUUUGAAUGUUUCUAAUUUUAUUAAAUACAACUCAUGCUUAAACUGUGGUGCUCAAUUGAAGAAUUUCAAUGAUUUGAAUCAUAUUUGCUACGAUUGUAUAAAAAAUGAAUUAUCGCUAAUGACAAAUGUCUCUGUUUCAACCAAAAUGAGUCAAUUUAAAUUACUUCUGUUAGUGAAAAGUUGUUCUAACUGUAUGUUGAACAACUCCUUACAGGUUGGAGUAAACAACAAAAAUUUUGAAGACAAUUGCAAUAAUAAUGACUGCACGGUUUACUUCGAUAAAUUUAAAACCUUAAAUACAAUACAACUAGAGCACAAGGAGAAGGGCUUGAUAUUGGAUGAUCUUGAAUGGUAA